AUGGCUGUUAAUCUAAAAUUAGGAAACAAUCUAUUUACAAAGGAGAGAAGAAUAGCCGAGUUGGAAAAAAAAGUAGUUGAUUUAGAAAAAAAAAUCUCUGAAUACGAAAAAUUAAACUUGGAAUUUUAAUUGAGACAUAAAGAAGAUUAAAAAGCUUUAUUUGAAUUAAGGAAUCAAAACAAUCUCUAUCAGAUUGAAAAUGGAUAAAUCUAAGCUUUUAGUUAGAAAUAAUAAUAAGAAAAAGAGAAAUUAGAAAUGUAACUUAGAGAAAUAAAUGAUAAUUAUGAUAAACUAAAAUAAAAAUAAAAGGAAAUGAUGAAUGUAGUAACAAAUUAAUCAAACGAAAUAAAUGAGAAUUAGGCUUUAAUUGAAAAACUUAAGAGUGAUCUUACAAAGAGUGAGAAUGCAUAGAUUCAAUUAGAAAAAUAAAUUCAUGAAUUAUGUUUGUAAAGAGAAGCAAAGAUUGCAGAUAUAAGAACUUUACAAAAAAAUAUACAAUAAAAAGAGAAAUACAUAGCAGUUUUAAAUAAGGAAAAAGAGAAGUAUGAGGGUAGUAAAGAUAAGGAGAAUAAGGCAAAAGAAUAAAAAAGAAUGAAUAGUUAAUUUAAAUCAGAAAAUAUAAUAGAUGGUUUAGAAGAUGUUGGGUCCUGUCAAACAAUGAAUAAAUUGAAAAAUAAGUAGAAGUGA